AUGUCUCAAGAUCCAAUCACACUAGUGUCAAAGGAUGAUAAAGAAUAUGAAAUAUCACGAUCUGCUGCUAUGGUUUCACCAACGUUAAAGGCUAUGAUUGAAGGGUCAUUUAGGGAAAGCAAAGGCCGGAUAGAAUUAAAACAGUUUGAUUCUCAUAUUCUAAAAAAGGUCGUGGAAUACUUAAAUUACAAUUUCCAAUACAGCAGCAUUAACGAGGACGAUGAUGACAUUCCAGAGUUUGAAAUACCAACUGAUAUGUCGUUAGAGCUGCUACUUGCAGCAGACUAUUUGAAUAUAUAG